AUGCAUUUUCCGCUCAUAUUGUGUGUGAUUCUGGUUUUAGUUUGUUUAUCUUGUGACACAGAGACAGUUGACAACGCCACUUUAUACGAUAACUCUGCUGGCUCUUCAACGCCGUAUCCCGUAACGGAGCAAUUCAACGUUUCGAUCGCAUCUGGACAAGUCAACUCGACCCAAACUGAUACAGUAAAUAACGUUGAUUGCGUAUUUUCAAACGAUACGGAACACUCACAAAUCGUGGACGAGACGACUUUGCCGUCGCUGAUUGACUACGUUGGUUAUGUUGUAGUGCCAUUGUUCUUGCUUCUUGGUAUAUGCGGCAACACGAUGACUAUCAUAGUCAUGCGCAGUAAGAGUUUCCGGUAUAUGACGGUAAGCGUCAUCCUCACGGCCUUGUCAAUAUCAGACACAACUCUAAUCCUUCUCCUUCCAUUUAACAAGGCGUUUGUACGGACACGUCUUGGUGUAGAUGUUCGUGCUCUCUCAGAUUGGGGCUGUAAGGCAUUCUUUUGCUUUUUCCGGUCUGCAAAAAUGACAUCAUCAUGGUUUGUGGUAUUCAUCAGUUUUGAACGAUUCUUUGCAGUUUGGUUUCCUUUAAAGAUUAAAGUCAUAUCAACAAAGAGAAAUGCAUACAUCGCUAUUAGUUGUGUUUAUAUAACAAUAUACACAUUAAACGGAGUUUGGACUUUUUCUUCCAUUUUGAAAAAUGGUGUUUGUAUUCCGAAUCUGUCCACUGCAGGCAAUGAGAAGAUGACGGAAGGAUUUCUGCUCGCCGGGACAACCAUCUAUUCCAUAAUUCCGACAUUUCUACUUCUUAUCCUCACACCAAUGACGAUUCUGAAGCUAUACAAACAACAAAAGACACGACAAGCUUUAGCCCAAUCGUCCCAUACACGAAAUGAAACCGGCAAGACAACGAUUAUGUUGCUGGGGGUAAGCAUAGCGUAUGUUUUGCUCGUUGGGCCCAUUACAAUCGCUCACGCGGUAGCUUUUUUCCGGGGAGAAAACAUCUUCGAAUCAAAGGAUUCUGAAGUUGUCAUUUUCAGGGAAGCUUCGCAAGUGAUGGAACAGCUUAACUAUGCAAUUAAUUUCUUUUUGUACGUAAUAUGUAGUAAGAGUUUCCGAGGUCGAUGUAUGUCCGUGUUGAGAUGUACAAGAUGUUGCCAUGCUGAGACAGGGUCUACCGUACACGUUAACCCUGCUAACUUUAUGAAUCCAGCGGUCGACCAACCCCGACCGGCACAAACGCCAGAGGAAAUAGCGUUACAUGCAUCAUCUCAACAACUAACGUUGGAAUAG